GGACUUCGUAUCUAAGUGACUGGAUAGGUCUGUUUUACCACACUCACUGUGGAAAUUAAAACGUGUCUUGUGAAACUGAAAAAUGAAAAAGUGAAGGUUGCAUAAAGAUGGAUUGAGGUGCAGCCAGCAGGCUAAUAGUAAUACCAUCAGCAGAAAGAACAGCAUUCCUUCAACAUCAGUAUUUAAUCAGUGGAAGAACUCCACUAGACUCUAUUAUUACUGUUAAUACUUAUAGUGCUGUUACUAGUAGAACUAAAUACUAAUUUACAGCUACCAGUGACUGGUUCAAAUAAUUGCUUAACAAUGCAUCUUAAGUAUAUGAAAACACUGUUGCCUCCUCAGGAUGGUGCUGCGAAGAUUACAGCUAUAGCAUGGUCUCCUAACAAUGCAAAGUUGGCAGUCUGCACAGCUGACAGAGUUGUUUUACUGUUUGAUGAAAAUGGAGAAAGGAGAGAUAAAUUUUCAACUAAACCAGUUGAUCAAAAAUAUGGCAAAAAGAGUUAUAUUGUAAAAGCUGUGGCAUUUUCACCUGAUUCAACAAAAAUAGCUGUGGGACAGACUGACAAUAUUAUUUAUGUAUACAAGAUUGGAGAAGACUGGGGCGAGAAGAAGGUAAUAUGCAAUAAGUUUGUACAGCAAAGUGCAGUAACUACCCUAAUCUGGCCUCUCGAAGGACCAGUUGUCUAUGGCUUAGCAGAUGGAAAGGUUCGAGUGGCUAACAUAAAGACGAAUAAGUCUUCUACACUGUAUGCAACAGACUCCUUUGUUGUUUCUUUAACGAGCAACUUACCUGGGAAAGGAGUCAUAUCUGGACAUGCUGAUGGCUCUGUUGUGCGUUAUUUUUUUGAUGAUGAGAAGUCUGGAGAUGCACAGGGUAAAAUCAUCACUCAUUCCUGCCCUCCUUAUGCUAUUGCUUGGGCUGGCCAGUUCAUAAUUAUUGGUGGCUCUGACAAGAAAAUUGUGAUAUAUAAUAAAGAUGGAAGGGUCGCACAACAACUUGAUUAUAGUCGAGACAACACAGAGCACGAGUUUACUGUGGCAGCAUGUAGCCCAAGUGGUCAGUCUGUUGUCAUUGGUAGCUAUGAUAGACUUCGGGUAUUUAACUACAGUCCAAGCAAAAGAGUAUGGGAAGAAGCCAACACAAAAGAAAUUCCAAAUUUAUAUACAAUUUCAGGUUUGGCAUGGAAACGUGAUGGAUCUAAAUUAGCAGUUGGUACACUCUGUGGUUCUCUAGAAUUGUUUGACUGUAGCCUAAAGAAGUCCAUUCACAACAACAAAUUUGAAAUAACAUUUGUUGGACCUAGUCAGGCUAUAAUAAAAAACCUGGUUGCAGGUACUAGGUUUAACAUUAAAUCUUACUAUGGCUAUGAGAUUGAAGAUAUCAAGAUCCUGGGGAAAGACCGCAACAUUGUUGCUCGUACUCCUGCCACUCUCAUGCUAGGAGAUCUUAUUUUGAAGAAAUUGAGUGAGGUACCCUGGCAAGGCAUGGGAGGAAAUGAGAAGUUUUUUUUCGAAAAUGAAAAUGUGUGUAUAAUAUUCAAUGCUGGAGAACUAACACUAGUGGAGUAUGGAAAUAAUGAGAUCCUGGGAUCAGUAAGAACUGAGUUCAUAAAUCCUCACCUUCUCAGUGUUCGCAUUAAUGAAAGAAAACAGCGAGGAGUUGGAGAGAAUAAAAAAUUGGCAUAUCUUAUUGACCUGAAAACCAUAUCAGUUAUUGACCUUUUAACUGGCCUACCUAUAGCUCAAGUUAGUCAUGACUCAAAAAUUGACUGGAUUGAAAUGAAUGAGACUGGACACAAGCUGCUGUUCCGAGAUAAACGCCAGAGGUUAAACCUGGUUGAUAUUGAGACAGAAGAAAGAACAUCCUUGUUAAACUACUGCACAUUUGUUCAGUGGAUACCUGGAAGUGAUGUAGUAGUAGCCCAAAACAGAGGAAACUUAUGUGUAUGGUAUAACAUUGAUGUCCCAGAAAAAGUGACAAUGUUCCCUAUCAAGGGUGAAGUUACUGAUGUGGAAAGGGCUGAGGGAAAAACAGAGGUGCUUGUAAAUGAUGGGGUUACUAUAGUUCCAUAUGUUUUAGAUGAAGGACUAAUAGAAUUUGGAACAGCUAUUGAUGAUGGAGAUUUUAACAGAGCAGUAUCAUUUUUAGAAACAUUGGAACUUACAGAAGAAACAGAAGCUAUGUGGCAUUCUCUGGGACAUAUGGCACUACAGUCACACCUACUGCCUAUUGCUGAACGAUGUUAUGCUGCAUUAGGUGAAAUUGCAAAAGCUCGAUUCUUGCGAGAAACUAUUGACAUGGCUGAAGAAGCUGCAAAAACUACUGGUGGAGAUGGCUAUGAUCACUAUAAGGUCCGAGCUCGGAUGGCUAUGUUGGAGAAACGUUUUAAAGAAGCUGAAGGAAUAUUCUUGGAACAAAAUAACAUUGAAGAAGCUAUGGCUAUGUACCAGGAGUUACACAAAUGGGAUGAUGCUCUUGAAUUAGCUGAGUCAAGGAAUCACCCAGAACUGGAAACAUUUGAAAGAAACUAUUACCAGUGGCUGUUAGACUCGGGGCAAGAAGAAAAAGCUGGAGAGCUAAAAGAAAAAGAUGGAGACUAUCAAGGAGCAAUUGGACUUUACUUGAAGGCUGGACUUCCUGCUAAGGGAGCAAGACUUGUAGCCGUAGUUCCUGCUCUUGCUGGCAACUCUGAACUUGUGCAAAAAAUUUCUGCUGCUUUAUUAAAGGGAGAGUUUUUUGAACAAGCAGGUGAACUGUUUGAAAAGAUCAAUAACUAUGAAAAAGCAAUGGAGUCUUAUCGACGAGGAAAAGCUUUCAGUCGAGCUGUAGAACUUGCACGAUUAGCUUCACCUGCCGAUGUGGUCAGUUUGGAAGAAGAAUGGGGAGACCAUUUAGUUAGUAUGAAACAGUUGGAUGCUGCCAUUAACCAUUACAUUGAAGCUGGAAAAACCGUGAAAGCUUUAGAUGCAGCAGUCAGUGCUCGACAAUGGAAGAAAGCAGUGCAGAUUAUUGAAGUUAUAGAUGAUCCUUCUGCAGUAGCUGGAUAUUAUCACAAACUAGCACAGCACUUUGCUUCAACUGGGGAAUAUGAGGUUGCUGAACAUUUCUUUGUUGAAGCUGGAAUGAUGAAAGAAGCAGUAGAAAUGUAUAACAAUGCUGGAAAGUGGGAGAUGGCUCACAGAUUGGCUAGCCAGUCUCUUCAACCAGAGGAAGUUGCCAAUAUGUAUGUUUCCCAGGCACAAAUGCUAGAACAACAGGGGAAAUACAAAGAGGCUGAAAAGUGUGUAUAUAUUUUGCAUUUAUACUGUAGAGUAACUCUUUUCAUAGUAUUGUAA